CACGGGGGGCGUCACGUGUGAGAGCCAUGUUUGUCUCGUUCUCUCCCUGCUCACGUCUGUCCAUAAAAUGACCCAUUCCCCAUACAGAGUAAAAACCUCACUCUUGAGAUUCAAAACCAGAGGGAAUAAGAUUAGAGCUCUCUCUCUCUUUCUGGCUCUAUUCUUUGUUUGCUCUAGCAAUGGCUUCUAGGGGUUCUAUUUGGUUUUGCUUUUUUGUUUUGUCUCUAAUUGCCGCGAUAUCAGCUGGGGAGAGCGAAGAGAAGGAGUUCGUUUUGACACUGGAUCACUCCAAUUUCACUGAAACUGUUAGCAAGCACGAUUUCAUCGUCGUCGAAUUCUACGCUCCUUGGUGUGGCCACUGCAAGAAGCUUGCUCCUGAGUUUGAGAAAGCUGCAUCCAUAUUGCAUAGUCAUGACCCUCCAGUUGUUUUGGCCAAAAUUGAUGCCAAUGAGGAGGCGAAUAAAGAUCUUGCAACCCAAUAUGAGAUUAAGGGAUUCCCAACUCUCAAAAUUUUGAGAAAUGGAGGGAAAUCAAUUCAAGAGUAUAAAGGCCCUCGUGAGGCAGAUGGCAUUGUUGAGUAUUUGAAGAAACAAAGUGGCCCUGCUUCUGUUGAAAUAAAAUCAAAAGAAGAUGCUAGUAGUUUCAUUGGUGACAAGAAGAUAGUUAUUGUUGGGGUGUUCCCUAAGUUCUCUGGACAGGAGUUUGAGAACUUUUUGGCUGUUGCAGAUAAAUUGCGCUCUGACUAUGAGUUUGGUCAUACCUUGGAUGCUAAACACCUUCCUAGUGGGGAAUCAUCCGUCACUGGGCCCCUUGUUAGGCUGUUCAAGCCAUUUGAUGAACUCUUUGUUGAUUUUCAGGACUUUAAUGUGGAUGUCCUAGAGAAGUUUGUAGAAGAAUCUAGCAUUCCCAUUGUUACUGUCUUUAACAAUGACCCCAUCAAUCAUCCUUAUGUUAUCAAAUUUUUCAAUAGUCCCAAUGCUAAGGCUAUGUUGUUUACGAACUUCAGUAGUGAGGCUUCAGAUUCUUUCAAAACGAAGUAUCAUGAAACAGCUCAGCAACUCAAAGGACAGGGCAUAGUCUUUUUGUUGGGAGAUGUUGAGGCUAGUCAAGGUGCCUUCCAGUAUUUUGGAGUCAAAGAGGACCAAGUGCCUCUCAUCAUCAUACAAACUAAUGAUGGACAGAAAUACCUGAAGCCAAACCUGGAGCCUGAUCAUAUUGCUCCGUGGUUGAAGGAAUACAAGGAAGGCAAAUUGCUGCCAUACAAGAAAUCGGAACCAAUUCCUGAAGUCAACAACGAGCCUGUGAAAGUUGUUGUCGCUGAUAGUCUCCAUGACAUGGUUAACAACUCUGGAAAAAAUGUUCUUCUGGAGUUUUAUGCUCCCUGGUGUGGACACUGCAAAAAAUUGGCUCCGAUCUUGGAAGAAGUUGCUAUCUCAUACCAAAGUGAUCCUGAUGUUGUCAUUGCGAAGCUUGAUGCAACUGCAAACGAUAUCCCAAAUGAUACUUUCGAUGUCAAGGGAUACCCCGCUGUGUACUUCAGGUCAGCAAGUGGAAAGCUGGUGCAGUAUGAAGGCGAUAGAACAAAAGAAGAUAUCAUUGGUUUCAUUGAGAAGAAUCGGGAUAAAGCUAAUGUUGCUCAGGAAGAAUCGACCAAGGGAAAAGAUGAGCUCUAAAUCUUAUAUCAAUUUUGGGCUUAAUGUACGAAAAGUUAUGUCAGCAUAAUCAAAUUAUUAGUUUUCAUAGACCCUUCAGGGUUAGGAAAAGAAAAUAACCGUGAUCGUGUAAGUUAGAGGACUUCUCCUCAAAAUACUCCUGGAUUUUCACAUGAAUUUUCUUGAUUUCGUCCUAGCUAUAGAUUGAAACCGAGAUCUUAUACA